AUGCCGCCAGUCCGCACAAAGAAAUCCACACCAUCGAAGCUCGGGGGACCCCUGUCGGCCUUCGGCUUCGUCAAGAUCGACAAGGAAGAGGCCCUGGCCCGCGCGGCGAAGGUUGUACCGAAGAACCCAGACCCAGCGCCGCCUUCGUCGUCGCCAUCAUCAGAAGACGAAGAUGUGGAUGAUCCAGCUCUGCGGACGAAGCCGCGGGGUGGCUCGUUCCAGCGACCGCAAAAAAGCUUCACUCAAAAGGGCGAGAAGGUUGCCAUGUUCCACGGCGAUAGCGGAGGAAACUCAGGACACAUCGACACCCUCGUUUCCAUGUUCCCCAACCUCUGCCAGAAACUCUGGAGCAUCGAGCUCGUCUUCAUGGAUCCUUACAGGGAGCCGUAUGACGGCUACACGGACGUCGACGACGCCGACCUCAUCAGGCUCGCAAAGGCCUGCCCGGCGCUGCGCGCCUUCAAGCUCCCCUACGCCUCGAAAACCGGGGACGCCGCGUUUGCUGCCUUUUGUCGGCACUGCCCGAGCCUCACGCGUCUCGAGAUCUUCACCACCAACUGUCUCAGGGCGACGGGCGCCUGGUUCGACGAGGUGCGCGAGAACCCUUCGUGGGCGCCGAAGCUCAAGAGGGUGACGAUCACCAAGGGGGAGGACGAGAGGAUCGACAUGGAUGCCUUGCUGGCGAUGAGCAAAGUUAGAAGCAAUCUGUUAAUCACGUUUGUGAGGGGCGAUGAAGACAGAGGAUUCCGAGGCCGCUAUGAGUUAAUGGCUUUUAUGGAUGAGAAGUACAGAGGGGGGAAGAAGGUCAAGUGUCAACCUUGCCAUCAAGAGGUUCUUUAG